AUGGAAACUACGCCACUUAUAACUCGACCUAAAAAGAAAUCCUUAUGGUCAAGGAUAAAGUUUGAUUGGUUUAAGGGGAAGGAACUCUGUUCAAGAGUGAUAUAUUUAGGUCAACUUCCUGAUGAAGAAUAUCCAGCAAACUAUGUAUGCAAUCAGAAAUACAGUAUAAUUACAUUCCUGCCCAUAGUUUUGUUUGAGCAGUUUAAGUUUUUCUUAAAUUUGUAUUUCUUGGUUAUGGCCCUCAGUCAAUUUAUACCAAGCAUUCGCAUUGGAUAUCUCUAUACAUACUGGGGACCACUUGGGUUUGUUCUGGCGGUAACACUGUUUAGAGAAGCUAUUGAUGAUUACAGAAGAUACAGACGGGACAAAGAAGUGAAUAGACAGAGAUAUGAACGUAUAGUGCUAGACGCACCCAGUGAUGGCUACAAACCCUUUAUUACUGAACAUGUCUCAGCCUCUGCAUUGCGUGUUGGUGAUAUUGUUAUGUUGCACAAGGGACAGAGAGUACCUGCAGAUAUGAUAUUGCUAAGAACAAAUGAAACUAUGGGCACUGUGUUUAUACGAACAGACCAACUGGACGGGGAGAUUGAUUGGAAACUAAGAAUACCAUUACCAUCUACGCAAAAAUUACCCACCGACGCGCAUUUACUAGAUAUUAAUGCUAAGAUAUUUAUUGAGAAACCAGAGAAAGACAUACACUCGUUCAUAGGCACAUGUACAAGAUUGGAUGAAGAAGAGACUGACUCUUUGGAUAUCGAGAAUACUUUAUGGAGUGGGUGUGUUGUCGCAUCUGGACAGGCCACUGGCCUUGUCAUAUACACAGGAAGUGAAACCCGCAGCGUGAUGAACAACGCUGUUCCUCGCUCCAAAGUUGGAAGACUCGAACUGCGAGUUAAUGAUUUCACUAAAGUCUUAUUUGUAGCGACAUUUUUGACCUCUUUUCUCCUAAUCGCUCUGAAGGGCUUCGAUGGACCAUGGUAUGGGUUCCUGUUUAGAUUUGUGCUGCUGUUUUCAUAUAUAAUACCUAUCAGUUUAAGAGUCAACCUGGAAAUGGGUAAAGUUUUCUACUCGUGGACGAUUCAGCGGGACAAAAAAAUUAGUGGUACAGUGAUGCGGUCCACGACCAUACCGGAAGAGUUAGGGAGAAUACAGUAUCUUCUAGCGGAUAAGACUGGUACAUUGACAAAGAAUGAGAUGGUCUUUCAGAAGUUGCACCUUGGUAAUGCUCUAUUCGACAAGGAUAAUUUUCAUGAGGUGGAAGCACUAUUAACCCAACAUGUGACAAAAGAUUGUCCCUCCAUAGCGUCCACCCCAAAUGGCGAUGGUUCAUUACUUUCUCCCACUCCGAGACAGGUGUGGGAGAGUGUUCUGGCUUUGGCGCUGUGCCAUAACGUAACACCAGUGUAUGAAGUUGAUGACCAGACUGACGAAGCACAAUCUGACAUGGGUAGUUCAGUCAUGUCCGAAAGUUGCGGCGGGGCGGUACCUCAGCAGCAGCUCUGUGACUACCAGGCAGCCAGUCCGGAUGAAGUGGCCUUGGUCAAAUGGACCGACAUGAUGGGAGUAUCCUUGUACCGUCGCGACCUCCACAACAUAUCUCUGAAGCUUCGCGCGGCCAACGAGAUCAUGUCAUUCACCAUACUUCAGGUGUUCCCCUUUACCAGCGAGUCCAAGAUGAUGGGAAUCAUAGUGCAGGAAGAAGUGUCCGGUAAGAUAACAUACUACGUAAAGGGGGCCGAUGUUGCUCUGUCCAAGCUAUUGCUAUCUUCCUGGCUUGCCACGGAAUGCAGUAAACUCGCUGCUGACGGGCUCCGAACCUUGGUCGUCGCAAAACGGACUCUAACUAAGAACGAGUAUUUGGAGUUCGAGAGUGAGUACAAAGAAGCCCGACUGACCGUAUUGAAUCGUAACGAGCGUACUGCCGCGGCUUUAUCCCGCUUGCAUCGGGGCCUAACUCUUUUGGGAUUAACCGGUGUUGAAGACCGUUUAGCUGAUGACGUUCCAAGGACAUUGGCCAUGUUAAGAACUGCUGGGAUUAAGAUCUGGAUGUUAACGGGUGACAAACUAGAAACAGCGCUUUGUAUCGCUCGAUCUCUUCACCUGGGCGGCGGGUCUCGAUGGAUGACGGCUGCCGAGUGUCGCUCAAGAACGGAUGCCCAUCGUCUGCUCAAUGCACUGCGAAGUGCUCAUGACACCGAUCUGAUACUGGAAGGGGAGACGUUGGAGGUUUGUCUUCGUUCUUACGAAGAGGAGUUUGUAGAGGUACUUCGUGAGUGUUCUGGAGUAGUCGUGGCUCGUUGUUCUCCCACGCAGAAGGCUCAAGUUGUCCGCUUGUUAAGGGCCAGGGGACUGAUUGUAGCCGCUGUGGGGGACGGAGGAAAUGACGUUGCCAUGAUUCAAGAGGCUGAUAUGGGUGUGGGUAUAGAGGGUGCUGAAGGUCGGGCAGCGUCUCUCGCGGGUGACGUCAGCAUCCGUUGCUUUUCAUUCCUGGCAAGAUUACUCUUGGUUCAUGGUCGUCGAUCCGUCAUGCGUUCUGCGGCACUUUGCCUGUUUAUUGUGCACAGGGGACUGAUUGUAUCAACUAUGCAGGCCGUGUUCUCUGUGGUUUUCUAUUUCUCGUCAGUGUCACUAUAUCCUGGCUUCUUAAUGGUUGGCUACGGAACGUUGUUUACGAUGUUACCUGUUUUUUCACUUGUUCUUGACAAAGACAUUUCUAGUGCGACGGCACUGCGGUAUCCGCAGCUUUACAAACAGUUGACAAAAGGACGGCAGCUCUCUUACAAGACUUUCUAUAUAUGGAUUGGAAUAUCUAUAUAUCAAGGUGGCGUAAUAAUGUAUGGGGCGCUAGUGCUCUUCGAAGACCAGCUCAUUCACAUAGUGGAGAUCAGCUAUACGGCCUUGAUCCUCACGGAGCUAAUUAUGGUCGCUCUGACUGUCAGCACUUGGCACCAUCUCAUGAUGGUAGCCGAACUGGUCAGCCUUCUGAUGUAUACUGCUACUCUGCUUAUAUUUACUACCUACUUCGAUGGCGACUUCAUUCGACAUUGGGAAUUCUGGUGGAAAGUGACAACGAUCACGCUGGUUUCGUGUCUGCCACUCUACAUCGUCAAAUAUAUGCACAGGAAGUGGCGUAUGCGUCAGUACAAAAAUAUACACAAGUAA